AGGCGUCUGAGCCUGCGCGGUUCGCGGCAGCGCCUGGCGCCCGACACUCGUUAGGGGGCAGCUGUUGUGGUGGCGAUGGCGGAGGCGCUGGAUUUAGGCAAAGACCCCAACGGGCCCACCCACUCCCCGACUCUGUUCGUGAACGAGGAUGGCAGCUCCAUGUCCUUCUACGUGCGCCCCAGCCCGGCGAAGCGCCGGCUGUCGACGCUCAUCCUGCACGGCGGCGGCACCUUGUGCCGGGUGCAGGAGCCGGGGGCCGUGCUGCUGGCCCAGCCCGGGGAGGCGCCGGCCGAGGCGUCGGGCGACUUCAUCUCCACGCAGUACAUCCUGGACUGCGUGGAGCGCAACGAGAGGCUCGAGUUGCAGGCCUAUCGGCUGGGCGCGGCCCGGGCGGCCGAGCAGGCCCCAGAGUCGAAGCCCGGGACCCAGGCCCAGGGCGCCGCUGCCGCCGCGGAGUCCGAGCCGCCGCAGCUCACGGGGCGCGUGGGCUUCACGGACGCGGACGACGUGGCCAUCUUGACCUACGUGAAGGAAAACUCCCGCUCGCCCUCGUCGGUCACCGGCACCGCCUUGUGGAAGGCGCUGGAGAAGAGCUCGCUCACUGCGCACUCUUGGCAGUCCAUGAAGGACCGCUACCUCAAGCACCUGCGGGGCCAGGAGCACAAGUACCUUUUGGGGGACGCCCCAGUGAGCCCCUCUUCACAGAAACUCAAGCGCAAAGCAGAGCAGGACCCCGAGGCUGCGGACAGCGGGGAGCCACAAAAUAAGAGAACUCCAGACUUGCCAGAUGAAGAGGAGUUUGUUGUAAAGGAAGAGAUCAAAGAGAAUGAAGAAGCAGUCAAAAAGAUGCUUGUUGAAGCUACCCGGGAGUUUGAGGAGAUUGUGGUGGAUGAGAGCCCUGACUUUGAAAUACACAUAACAAUGUGUGAUGACGAUCCACCCGAAGAAGACUCAGAAACACAACCUGAGGAGGAGGAAGAAGAAGAAGAAGAAGAAAAAGUUUCUCCACCAGAGGUGGGAGCUGCCAUUAAGAUCAUCCGGCAGUUAAUGGAAAAGUUUAACUUGGAUCUGUCAACAGUUACACAGGCUUUUCUAAAAAAUAGUGGUGAGCUAGAGGCUACUGCCUCAUUUUUAGAGUCUGGUCAGAGGGCUGACGGGUAUCCUAUUUGGUCCAGACAGGAUGACUUAGAUUUGCAGAAAGAUGAUGAAGAUACCCGAGAUGCAUUGGUCAAAAAGUUUGGUGCUCAGAAUGUAGCUCGGAGAAUUGAAUUCCGAAAGAAAUAAUUGGUAAGAUAAUGAGUAAAGAAAAAAGAUGUGGCAGAUUAGGUGGUCAGAAAGUUUUGUGACCAUUGAACUAUAAAGUCUUAGGAGCUAAUGCUUGUCUUCAGAUUAAUGCUGCCCUUGCCUCGCGAGUUCUAGAUUUUGUAGCCAUGCAGAGUUGUGUAGCAGUAUAAAAAUAAAAGAAAUUGGAUAUAUUUAGAGCUGUCCCUGGCAGUGGCAGUGUGUUUAUGAAAGGAAAAUCUAAGCCAGAGAGAGGCGGGUCUGUGUAGUAGUAACCUGCUUCAGAUUACUACUGCAACCCCUGCUCUGUUGUGACAGGAGCUAGUGACAGAGUCAAAGAAGGAAAAUAAACAUACAUAGCCUUUUCAGGCAACAUGAAUAAAGUCCUUUUAUCCUUUGGAAGAAGCUCCUUUAAUUGUAAUAUAUUGCAAAUCAAGAAUCUAUAGACAUGGAAAGAUUAAAUUCAAGGCCUCGAUCACGGACUAUUCUGAACCCCAGUGAGCUCUGAUUUCUGCAGUCCUUCGGAAAGUCCAAAUUCCCUUGAUAUUUUGGGACCAUGCUCCUUGUCUGUCCUUUUCCUUGAGUCCUUGUCAGUCAAGUCUCUAGCAUGUGUUUCUUUACCUGUCACUCAGUUUUGUUGAAAACACACAUUGAAUCCUAGAGAGUCUCAAUAGUCUUAACUUGGUUAGUAGUAAUGUGUCUUUAUUUAUUGAAGGUAGUUUUGUGCAAAGGACUGUGUUAGAUUUAAAAAUUAGGGGAUUAAUUCCUUUUUGUUGUGUUGCUUUUGUUAUUGAAAAUAAAUAGAAUUUUGUGUUUUUGAGUCUCUAA